AUGACUACGCCGAAUCCGGGUAUUUGGAGUUAUGAAGGUGUGGCUGGAGCACAUAUUGUGUUUUCGGGGUUGUGCUUUUUGGCGGCUAUCUGGCAUUGGGUCUAUUGGGAUCUAGAAAUCUUUUGUGAUGAACGUACAGGCAAACCCUCUUUGGAUUUGCCAAAAAUCUUUGGAAUUCAUUUAUUUCUUGCAGGGGUGGCUUGUUUUGGUUUUGGCGCAUUUCAUGUAACAGGAUUGUAUGGUCCUGGGAUAUGGGUGUCCGAUCCUUAUGGCCUAACCGGAAGGGUUCAAUCCGUAAAUCCCGCAUGGGGUGUAGAAGGUUUUGAUCCUUUUGUUCCGGGGGGAAUAGCCUCUCAUCAUAUUGCAGCAGGGACAUUGGGCAUAUUGGCGGGCCUUUUCCAUCUUAGUGUACGUCCACCCCAACGUCUAUACAAAGGAUUGCGUAUGGGAAAUAUUGAAACCGUCCUUUCCAGUAGUAUCGCUGCUGUAUUUUUUGCAGCUUUUGUUGUUGCUGGAACUAUGUGGUAUGGUUCAGCAACAACUCCGAUUGAAUUAUUUGGCCCCACUCGUUAUCAAUGGGAUCAGGGAUACUUCCAACAAGAAAUAUAUCGACGAGUUAGUGCUGGGCUAGCCGAAAAUCAAAGUUUAUCAGAAGCUUGGUCUAAAAUUCCCGAAAAAUUAGCUUUUUAUGAUUACAUCGGCAAUAAUCCGGCAAAAGGGGGCUUAUUUAGAGCGGGCUCAAUGGAUAAUGGAGAUGGAAUAGCCGUCGGUUGGUUAGGACAUCCUAUCUUUAGAGAUAAAGAGGGGCGUGAACUUUUUGUAAGGCGUAUGCCUACUUUUUUUGAGACAUUUCCAGUUGUUUUGAUAGACGGAGAUGGAAUUGUUAGAGCCGAUGUUCCUUUUCGAAGAGCAGAAUCGAAGUAUAGUGUUGAACAAGUAGGUGUAACUGUUGAAUUCUAUGGUGGCGAACUCAACGGAGUCAUUUAUAAUGAUCCCGCUACUGUGAAAAAAUAUGCUAGACGUGCUCAAUUGGGUGAAAUUUUUGAAUUAGAUCGUGCCACUUUGAAAUCAGAUGGUGUUUUUCGUAGCAGUCCAAGGGGUUGGUUUACUUUUGGACAUGCUUCGUUUGCUCUUCUCUUCUUUUUCGGGCACAUUUGGCAUGGUGCUAGAACUUUGUUCCGAGAUGUUUUUGCUGGCAUCGACCCCGAUUUGGAUGCUCAAGUAGAAUUUGGAGCAUUCCAAAAACUGGGCGAUCCGACUACAAGAAGGCAAUCUAAUCUAAUAAACAGGUAUGAAAGAUUUAUGGCUACACAAACCGUUGAGAGUAGUUCUAGAUCUGGUCCAAGACGAACUACUGUAGGGGCUUUAUUGAAACCGUUGAAUUCAGAAUAUGGUAAAGUAGCUCCGGGGUGGGGAACUACUCCUUUAAUGGGUGUUGCAAUGGCUUUAUUUGCUAUAUUUCUAUCUAUUAUUUUAGAAAUUUAUAAUUCGUCCAUCCUUUGGUUUACCUAUCUCAAUAAAGUCUAUGAUUGGUUCGAAGAACGUCUUGAGAUUCAGGCGAUUGCCGAUGAUAUAACUAGUAAAUAUGUCCCUCCUCAUGUCAACAUAUUCUAUUGUUUAGGAGGAAUUACAGUUACUUGCUUUUUAGUCCAAGUAGCAACGGGGUUUGCUAUGACCUUUUAUUAUCGUCCGACCGUUACUGAGGCUUUUGCUUCGGUUCAAUAUAUAAUGACUGAGGCUAACUUUGGUUGGUUAAUCCGAUCUGUUCAUCGAUGGUCGGCAAGUAUGAUGGUUUUAAUGAUGAUUCUGCACGUAUUUCGUGUGUAUCUUACCGGUGGUUUUAAAAAACCUCGUGAAUUGACGUGGGUUACGGGCGUUGUUUUGGCUGUAUUGACCGCAUCUUUUGGUGUAACUGGUUAUUCCUUACCUUGGGACCAAAUUGGUUAUUGGGCAGUCAAAAUUGUAACAGGAGUACCCGAAGCUAUUCCCGGAAUAGGAUCGUCUGUCGUGGAAUUAUUAAGGGGAAGUGCUAGUGUAGGACAAUCUACCUUGACUUGUUUUUAUAGUUUACAUACUUUUGUAUUACCUCUUCUUACUGCUGUAUUUAUGUUAAUGCACUUUCCAAUGAUACGUAAGCAAGGCAUCUCCGGUCCUUUAUAGAGAAUAUGGAUCCUAGAUAUUUCUAAUCAAUCAUUUUUUAUUUUGGGGAGGAACAAAAGUAUUUCAUUGCUACAAAUAUGGAUUAUUAAAAAAAAUAAGACAUGUAUUUGGAUAUUUCCCUGCAACUUAAGACUUAACAAAAUUAGCGUCUUAUUUUUUUAUUUGACAUACACGAAUAGUUGAUAGUUGAGGGGGAUUCUCCGAAGAAAAAACGGAUUAUGGGAGU